AUGGCCAACCAGCAGCCCCAGAAGAACCAGCAGCAGCAGGCUUGCGCCCAAAAGGGCCAGCAGCAGCAGCAGGCCUGUGCCCAAAAGAACGCCGCCGCUUGCCCCCCGGGCCAGGCCCAGGCUCAGAAGGCCGGUGCUCAGUGCCCGCCGGGCGCCCACCUCCAGCAGCAGCAGCUGCCUAAGCAGCAGCAGGGUGCCGCUGCCCAGCAGCAGUUCCAUGCUUCGGCUCAGCAGCAGCAGGGUGCCGCCGGCGCCCACUCGGCCGGUGCCCGGGUGAACGCCGCCGCCCCUGCUCACCAGCAGCAGCAGCAGCAGCGCGGCGCGGCCCAGGCCCAGCGUGGCCAGGCCAUGUCUGCCCAGUCCGCUCAGCAGCAGCAGCCUGCCGCCCGGGCCCAGGCCCAGGCCCAGCAGCAGCAGCAGCAGCAGCAGCAGCACCAGCAGCGCUAAGCGGCGGCGAGGGGACAUGAGUAACGCCUGUCUCUAGGCCUUCUCGCCCCCCUCCCCCCCCUCUGUGUGAUGUCUCUCCCUCUCUCACACCCGCCGGCUUCCCCCUCGCCUUUUCCCUGGUCUCCCCGUGCUCUCUAGUGCGCGCGCACGCGCGUACACGGCACCGCCUGCCCCUAUCCCCCCUCUCUCUAUGAUGGAAACGGGGCUCCGGUGAUAUACAUACACACGCCAAUGGUGGUGUGUGCAUGUGUGUGCGUACGUGCCUGAGUGUGUCUGCCCAAAAGACGGAUACGUUCACGGCUGAGCGCGUGACAGGGGGAAAGGCGUCGCCCCCCCUUCCAGCCACCCCCGGUCCUCGGCGGGUGGCAGGACGGCGGCAUACACGCCCCCCGCGUCCGUGUGUGGGCAGAGAGACAGCUGCCUGUGUGUGGAGCACACUGUGUGUAAGCACGCAUGCUCCCUGAGCGUGUGUGGACUGCGACCCCCCCCAUAUGGACGGCCCAGACCCAAACGCUGGCAGAGGACAUCCGGCGUGAGUGUGUGUGUGUGUACGUACCCCCUGUCAGGGGGGAUGCGCGCGCACCGCACACUCGUCGAACAGCGUCCCCUGCCCGCGCUGGCCCGUCUCUUCCCCCCCCCACAUACCACUCUCUCUUCACAUAACCCCCCAUCUCCACAGAGUGUAUCUGCCUGUGUGUGUGUGGCAAAACACCACCGUCCGACUUCCGCGUGCGUGCGUGUGUGUGUGUAGUACGCACCGUGAGGGGCGGCAUGUCUGAGGAUGUGUGUACGUGUGUGUGUGUGUG